AUGGCCUUAUCAGGAGGACUGAACUUCACAGCAAUGGAGCCUCUGAUUAGCUGGGACUCGGAGAAAAGAAAAUUUCUCUGUUGUUUGUAUCGAUUCUGGGAUCGGGAUAUCAACGCUUACAAGGCAGUAUUCGACGCCGUCUAUCGAGGCGAUUUGAGAAACGCAGGCUUUAGAGAUGGUGCUCCCAAAGAAAGACUUCGCGGCCAAUGGCACCACUUGAAGUCAAAAGUGCUCCCGGACUGGGUUGACGUCCAUCUGUCUCCCUUCGAUAAAGAUGGACGGUGGGCGCCCUUCAUUGCGACCAUCCGCAGGACUUUGAGAUCCUUAGAUAUACGCCUCAGGGAGAAUACGGGAGUGGAUGAAGUCGUUGACGAGUAUAUCACCCACGAGAUCGAGGAGAAACCGGCCGAUGUCUCUGUGCAUGAGGACAGGACCCUUUGCAAAUACGGGGACAAAGAGUGUUUCUGGUGUGUACAGGAGCGCAUCAUGGAGGUAACUCUGAUUUGCAAGACACAUGAUUCAGGAGAAGUCCGACGAAGAGGCGUUCAGAUCACAAAUAGACGAGGAAAUACAAGACUGAGAGAAGACGGCAUACCGCCAGUACUGUAUCGGUGGUCGAAUGUCGACUCGCAGGGCAUCAACACGAAGAAUCUCUUGGUUGCGGGUCUCUUCGAUGAUUGGGACAGGUACUUCUCACCGAACACAAUACGACCAGAGAAGUUCGUGGAGUAUUUCCGGAAGCAUGUUCAUAGAGAGGAGGUUCCAUCCCCAUUCAUCUCGACGUUCAUGUCCAUGCUCUCACCCGUGCACCGUGCCAUACGGAACAAAGAAGGUGCUCUCAUUUCCGUGAUUGAUACCAAGGGGCUUGACUUUGUGUACUCAGCCAGGGAUUUGUUCAGGACACACAAAGUCCGGGUAGGAAAGAGCUUUUACAACGGCGCCGGGGAGUUUUUGAUUUGGGGGAAAGUCCCCUCCUCUAACAUAAUCUGUUCCUUUAAAGUCAGCACACUGGAACAGAUUGCAGACGAGCACAAAGAUAUUGCUCAACUCCUUCAGCUCGACACCAUUGCGACGUAUAAGUGUAAUCGACAUGCGUUGAAAGCUGCGCUUUCACAGCGAGGGCAUUAUUCCGAUCACACAUCUGGCAACAUCAUUGGAAAGCUCCUGUCUCUACUUCAAGUUCGAUAUGAGUAUAGUGAUGAAAUCGGACGAGGCAUGUUCUAUUCCUGGCGUCUUCGGUAUCUCUGGCGUCUUCGGAAAUCCGACAAUCCCGGGGAAGCAUUUUACGAGGGUAUACGUACAGGAUAU